AUGAAAGGGAUAAACAGCUACCAUUUCCUUUGGAUUCACUUCCUCCUUUUCGAGUCAUAUGAACUGAUAUUUAUCGAAUCCAUAGAGGCCUACUGCAACUUCGUCGGUAAGGGCCGGCUGGGCAAAUGGGACAGUGUUGGAGCAAGUUCUUGCAGUUCUUCAAGUGUCCUAAAAAGAAACAAUAAGGGUAAACAAAAAAAGGCAUCCGGUCCCGAACCUGCGAGCAAGAACAUUCACCAUAUAACUACCAUACAGAGCUGGGAGGAAAGUCUAACAGAGGCAACCAGAGAUGGAAAGACACUCGUUGCGAAUUUCAGUGCACCAUGGUCGGCUCCAUGCAAGUCGAUAGCACCAGUCUACAGCGAACUCGCGGAUAAAUAUACUUCUCUCAUGUUCCUAACCGUGGACGUCGAUGCACUUGCGGAAUUCAGUAAUUCAUGGGAGAUAAGUGCAACACCAACAUUCAUUUUUAUUAAAGAAGGAAGGCAAGUGGACAAGUUUGUGGGUGCCGACAAGGUAGAACUCAAGAAGAAGAUAGCAGCAGUUGCUGCCUGCAAGUUUUGA